GGAGUUUUUGUAAAUACUAUAAUCGGAAUAUAUCAUAUUCUACAUUUGAUUAUACAACUCGGAGGAAAUCAACCUUACUGAAAUCUUCAAUCAUCUAUAAUUGUGGAUUUUGAUACCAGACUCAAUCAGAACACACACAAACCUGCUGAAUUAAUAGUUAUGUUAGAUCCAGUGAUUAGGAACUACAAGACUUUUUAAUGAAUGUAUAAAUAUGUUGCAAAGUUUGUUCAUUAUAAAUCAGUCCAAUGAAAUAUGUUUAGAAAAACACUGGACAAAAAACAUUUCAAAGACAGUUUACGAUACCUUUUUUGAUGCCGUCACAAAAUAUGCAGCAGGUGAUGUGCCACCCGUUCUAGAAACUCCAAGCAAUUCACUCAUUCAUAUUUUGCGCAACAAUUUAUAUUUUCUAGCUGUGUGUGUUAAUGAGCUACCUCCCUUACUCGUGAUUGAGUUUUUAGAUUGUGUUCAUUCAAUAAUCGAAGAUUAUUUUGGCUCCGUUACUGAAACAUCAAUCAAAGAAAAUGUAGUUUCAAUAUACGAGAUUUUAGAUGAGAUGCUUGAUGGUGGUUUCCCACUGGCCACCGAAUCUAAUAUUCUAAAAGAAAUCGUGCGUCCUCCCAACUUCCUUCAAUCACUAACAGAUGCGGUUACUGGAAAAAACACAAUUAUUGGGUCCACACUCCCUACAAACCAGUUAUCGAAUAUACGUUGGAGACGUUCUGGUGUGAACUACACUAGCAAUGAAACGUAUUUCGACCUGAUUGAAAAGAUAGACGCGAUUAUCGAUCGUUCUGGUUAUGUAAUUUCCAAGGAGAUUCACGGAUCAGUUGAAUGUCUAAUUAAAUUAUCCGGAACUCCAGAUAUAACACUGGCUUUCACAAAUCAUCGGCUGAUUGAUGAUGCCAAUCUUCAUCCUUGUAUUCGCUUCUCACGCUGGAAGAGAGAAAGAAUCCUAUCGUUUAUACCGCCUGAUGGAAAGUUUUGUUUGUUCAAUUAUCAUGUAAGCUCAUUAAGCCCUGUAUCACUUCCUAUCAUUCUAAGACAUAAUGUUCUUCUCCGUGAACGUGGAGGUCGUUUAGAUGUAGUGGUAGUACCAAAAACAAUGGGUAAACCUGUUGAAAAUGUAAAACUUACCAUCCAGUUACCACCAGAAGUUUUAAAUAUCACAGCAUCUCCAAGUGUUGGACGAACUAGUUUUGAUGUAACAACAAAAUUGUUUCAAUGGGAUAUUGGUCGAAUUGAAACAAAAUCUCCAAAUCCUUCAAUGAAAAGUAGUAUCGAUUUAGUUAGUGGUCUUACUACAUUACCAUCAAAUCCUGUAAUCGUCGUAAACUUUUGUAUUCCACAAUUCGUCGUAUCUGGGUUGAAAAUUGCUAGAGUUGACAUUUAUGGAGAGAAAUAUAAACCAUUUAAAGGAGUCAAAUACGCAACGAAAGCUGGUCAAUUUGAGGUGCGAACGUGAGAAUAGUCAACUUAUCUAGUAAAAUAGCACUGUCAAAUGAAUUCUUUUCUGUUUUAGCAUUUACACCUUACUACCCAUCGUUGUUAUCUUGUUUCUUGUUGUUAUGGAAUUUGUUUCAUUGAUUUGCUUCAAUCCUUCAAUAUUAGUACUUUGUGAUAAUUUUUUUCUUGUAAGAAAAAUAAUUACUUUAUUUAAAGUCUUCUAACAAUUGAUUUGUUAUGUCUUUGUUGAAUUAAAAUUUAUUCCACAACAAUCUGUCAAUACUGUGAUUAAUGUACACUUAUGACUUGUGGUUAUUCACGAAACAAUAACAUAUUGCUUUUUGGUUAUUUUUGUGAUAAAUAUUCUUUUCUAUUCAUAGUCAGUCAACUAGUAUGUUUGUUUUCGGAAGUGUCUUAAAAUACAUUUUUAUUGUUCAUUUUCUAACGAGUAUGAUGUUUCAAAAGUGUCGACUUCAGCUUUCUGUAACGCAAGUGAAAUUUCUAUCUGAUUAUCUAGUAAAGAGCGAGUACAGCUCUCAGCACUUCUGUUUAUUACUUGUGCUCCUAAUAAAAAGCGAUAUAUGUGUGUAGCUUGCUGAUGCGUGGAUACGAAAUACAACGCGCAUAUAAAACUAAUCAGUGAAGAGUGAUAUUGUUGAGAAUAGAACACUAAAUAAUUACACUAGGGAACUUUUGUGUUGCGUAGAGUAUACUCUUUCAAGUAGAACUCAACUAUCCUAUUGGUUCUGUCAAUUUUGCCUUUAACUAAAUGCAAUUUUGUUAUUUCAAUCUAGACAUUCUUGAUUACUUUAAACAUAAUAAUGUAUUAGUUCAUGUUUUUAAUUUGUCAAACUGGGUGUUUAUGUCGAUUGUUUGAACUCCACAGGAAAUAUCGGGUUCCUCAAGAUGAUAUGUACACCUUACUUUAGGAGUUCCAACUAGCAUGUGCUUAUGUUAUUAGCUAAAUGAUAUCAUACUCUAAAAAUAUUAUUUCUUCUAAUGACUACAUUUUGUUUUGUUAAUUUUACUAUCCAAAUAAAUCAUAUAUUUUUGGAAUAUUCAUUAAUUCGGCAAUAUGUUACGCAAUCCAAACUUUUAUCAUAAUUUUUCCCCACCUCAUCAGAUGGACAUGCGCCUGAAAGAAAUUUUAGUUAGAUAAAAGUAAAUCCCAAGUGAAAAUACUUUUUAGUGUUCUUUCUUAAUGGAUCGGUCGUUUUAAUUAAAGCUUAUUUUACUUGGUUAAUAUAUUACAUAGAAACCAUAACUUUUAUUCUGUUUCGUGGGCUUUAUUUUAACAGUUGAUCUUUAACUGCUGGUUGGGAAGCAGAUGCGAAUUGCGCUCCACCUAUUUCGGGUUGUAUCACUAGAUUUUAGGUAUGAAGUGUAGCUCAAAGCUGGUUACAAGAAACAAUAAUUUGUCACAGUUACACUCGAAUUUAAAUACCCAUUUAACUAGUAUUAAAUAUAUUUCUAUGAUAUCCCAAUAAGUGCUCACCGAGUUAUCACAAAGAUGUAUUUAUUAUUAACUUUCUACCCAAUGCUCAAUUUAUUUGAAACUAUCAAGUCCAACGUUGGCAGUGUGAUACCC